AUGACAAAUUACGAAGAAGAUGAAGAAGCAAGUUCAUCCGAGAUGAGCAUCGAGAACAUUGAUGAAGAUAGAGCAAUGUCAGAAGAAAGUAGCACUAUAGGGGGAACAUCAAAUAAUAAGAUCGACAAGCUUAACAAACUGGAUGGAGACAGAAACAAGGUUGAGAAAAAACUAACAAUUGAUUCUUCUAAUCAAAAAGUCAUUGAGAAAGAAAAAAGAUUUUGGAGAGAUGUUUUGAAAAGAAUUAUUAGUGUUGUAAAAAUGCUUGCUAACCGUAAUUUGGCAUUUCGUGGAAGUAAUGAAAAAUUUGAUGAUCAUAAUAGUGGAAAUUUUCUAAGUAUGAUUCAAAUGAUUGCUGAUUUUGAUCCGAUCAUUGAAGAGCACCUUCGGCGCAUCCGAAGAAAGGAGAUUCGUCGUGUCCGUUAUCAUAGUCAUAAUAUUCAAAAUGAAUUAAUACUCCUGUUGUUAGGCGAGAUUAAGAAUAAGAUCCUUGAAAUCAUUAAAGAAGCAAAAUAUUUUUCUGUAAUUCUUGAUUAUACUCCAGACAUUAGUCAUGAAGAACAAAUGUCUCUUAUAUUGAGAUGUGUUAAUAUUUCCAAGACUCUCAUAACAGUGGAGGAGCUCUUUAUCCAAUUUUUGAAAGUUGCUGAAACAUCAGGGGAUGCACUUUACAAUGAGCUUAAAUCUAUUUUGGGAAUAUUAGAACUUGAUUUUAAUGACAUGAGAGAGCAAGGUUAUGAUAAUGGUUCAAAUAUGAAACGACAAUAUAAAGGAAAAGUAAAUAAAGUCAGCAAGAUUCUCCAAAGAAAAAAUAUUGCUAUUGAUGAUGGUAUUAGUCUCUUAAAAGGUUUGAUUAUCUUUUUGGAAGAAUACAGAAACACUGGUUUUGAAGCCGCAAAGAGUGAAGCUGAAAAGAUUGCUUUAAGAAUGGAGGUUGAGCCCAUAUUUCGUGAAACUUGUAUUCGUCGUAGAAAAACAUUCUUUGAUGCAAAUUCUCAAGAUGAACCAAUAUAA